AUGGUUAUUGUAACGAUCUCGGUGGCUCUCUUCCUGCCUGAGUACUGCGGAAGUCAAGGAUCUCCGUCCUGCAACUUGUGCUCUAGAUCAAUGAUCCGAAGUAUGACGAAGCAUAGCUUAGUGAUCGCAAACUUCCUACCGGACUGUACUUACCGUGUCGACAUAGUUAUCCUUGCCACCUACCAACUGCUGCAAAUGUAUAGUUGUCAACAGAUGUUCCUUAUAUUCCUUAACUAUGCCCCGCCUGUGGUGUGCUUCGAUGAUCACUGCGUGAAACUCAAGGACAAAUGCUACGAACCGUGUCCUUCUUGUCCGGAUGAGUGCCCGAAAAACGUUACGAAAGCAGAGCGGGAGGAAUGUAAGAAAAGUCAUGAAGCAUACUUUUGGUCACCUAUGAUGGAAUAUAAGCAAAAAUGUCUUAAAUUCACCGCAUCAACAUCAAGCUCAGAGGUGCAGUUCUACGGAGCCUUAAUUGGUAACAUGUUUAUGGGCUUUUUGGCAGAUAGAUUUGGAAGACGUCGCAUACUGAUGCUCGCAUUAAUAGUUGGAAUACCAACGCUUGUUUUGUCGGCCUUUUUGAAUGGUAUCGCCUAUUUUUAUUUUGGACGAUUUAUUCUCGGUAUUACUAUAGCUGGAACAAUGUCGGUCGGAUGGGCGUUUUGUGCUGAAAUAGUGUCAUCUAAACAUCGCUUCAAAUUAAGAGCUUUCACAAGCUGGACAAAUGGACGUCUACUCAUGAUUGUAGUAGCGCAUAUAGCCGGCACAUGGCGAUUGGCAUCUUAUUUGCAUGCCCUGGCUGCUCUGGUGCCGUUGACGAUUGUGUUCUUGCUUCCUGAAAGUCCGCUUUGGCUGAAAAGAAGGGAGUACUACGAGCGAGAGCGAGAGGCACGAAAAAAGUUGAGUAGUAUCAAUGGUCUUGAAUAUGAAGAAGAAGCUCCUUCGAAAGGAAAAUCACCAAAACAGCAGACUGCCAGAGUGUCGUUUAUACGCGCUCUUAGACACAAGCAACUACGUAUAAAUUUCCUCACACUCGCGACGAUGUGGUUCUGCGCGGGAUUAACCACAUAUAGCAUCGACUUGAAUGGUGAAGAUAUGACGAAGAAUCUCUGGAUAGGACAAUAUGUGAACUCGGCGCUGGCGUCGAUUCUGCGCGUGAUUAUUGGUUUUGCUGAUGCCAGAUUUAAAUGGCUUGGACGUCGAAAGCUGUACCUAGGUGCUAUGGGCACAUGCACAUUAGCAUCCAUUGCGCUUCUUAUAGAACUUAUUAUAGGUGUUAAGGGUACACUACUCUACUUCGUCACAUACCUAACCGCCUAUAACGCUGUUGCUGUUUCUUGGGAGCCUAAUUAUAUGGGUGCUGCAGAGUUGAUUCCAACGGAAGUUCGCGCAACAAGCACUGCACUGCUAAACGUGAUUUCACGUGUAGCGAAUAUUUUUGCAGCUCGAUCGGUCAGUCUCUUGAAAGGAGUUAAUGAGCCGGCAAUAAUGGUUGUUGUUUUGGCCUCGAACAUGCUCUGUUUCACAGUGGCUGGCAUAUUCUUGAAAGAGACAAAGGGAGUGAGUUUGGACCAAGUCGAACAAAUGUUGAAAGAAGAAAAGCCCCAACCACCAUCAGUCAAAGAAGGAAGCAAAUCUGAGAGAGGAAGUAAAGAAAGCAAAGAGAGUGUCCCCUCAAAGAGUGGCUCAAAAGAGAGUGCUGAAGCUAAGAAGGAAGAUACCGGAACUGGUAGCAAAGAAUCGGAAGUGAGAAGCGAUGAAAGGCAGAGAUCGGCUGAGAAGACUCCAGAAGGUUCCAAAGGAUCUGCUGAAGGUUCCAAAGGGUCUGCAGAGAAAAAACCAGAUAAGGGAUCUAAAGAGGACGAGAAAAAUGAUGCUGGUAAUGCUGAACAACCUGAUGAAGAAAAAUAG